AUGUCACCUGACCCUUCAACAAAUUCCCAGAGAUCUGAUGUACAGGCCAGCAGCUCUGGCGACGUCACAUACUCGACAACUUUAACUUUGUCAUCGUCAGGACUCAAUUUUGCGAUUUGCCUGUCCAAACCACCAUGGUCUCGACGACCUGCAGGCCCAGACUUGCUACCUGCACCCUUGGUGGGAGCUUUCGAUGGAGGCUUCUCAACACUAGACACGAUAGCCUCCGUUGGACUUGGACCUGACUGUUCGAUGGUAGUGGUGUGGUUUCUCCAGAGACAGCACUGGCGUGAACUUGGGUUCCAUAGUGCUGAUGUAGGAGACUCGGAGAAAAAUUUGCAUAAAGAUCUUCGAGAUAGCCACCCGGUGUGCUGGUGGAGAACGACGCAUCCCAGUUAUCGGGUCAACAGCAUAGUUGAGUUCAGCGGGUGCAGAGAGCUGAUCGGAAAAAUUGGGGGUUUGCAAAAGAGAGAUGUGGUCCCAUGA